GUAGGCAGAAAAUUUGUAUAUAGUUUCACACAAAUAUCACAGCUGCGAUCUCAUAAAAUUUUAAUUUACACUUCGUAGUUAUUUUUGUUAUUAUUUAAAUCUGUAUAAAGAUGUUAAUGUGGUAGCUGGCUAGUGAAGUGUCUUCCUCGCAUCAGAUUUAUGUCAUAUUUUCAAUUGAAUAAUCUUCCCUCAGCCAUAAAGCAGUAAAACUCAGACAGCGUAAAGCCACUUUACAACACGCGACACCAUAAAGUGUCUGCCGUACUUAUACCGUACCUGGCAUAAUUCACAAAGGAUGGGUGCAAAGGGGACAAAGUUGACUCAGGAAGAGAUCAGAGAAUUGCAGAAAGCAACAUAUUUUGAUAAGAAAGAGCUUCAGAAGUGGUAUAGAGAUUUUAUGAAAGACUGUCCAUCUGGUCAAUUGCACCAAGAGGAAUUUGAGAGAAUAUACCAACAGUUUUUUCCAUUUGGUGACCCGUCAAAAUUUGCAGCUUUUGUGUUUAAAGUCUUUGAUAAAAAUGCAGAUGGCUGUAUUAGUUUUAAAGAAUUUAUAACUGCUCUUUCAAUAACAUCAAGGGGGAGUUUGGAUGAAAAACUAGAAUGGGCAUUCUCACUGUACGACUUAGAUAAAGAUGGAUAUAUUACUAGGGAUGAGAUGUUGCAUAUUGUAGAGUCUAUAUAUCGCAUGGUGGGAAGGAUGGUAGAUCUACCUGAAGACGAAGAUACUCCUGAAAAACGAGUUGAUAAAAUAUUUAAAAAAAUGGACAAAAAUCAUGAUGGUAAACUAACUAUGGAGGAAUUCCGAGAAGGAUCAAAAUGUGACCCAUGGAUUGUACAAGCUUUAGCAAUUGAUCUUCCUGAAGCUGAGCUGACCGAGCAGAAAGGGAGUUGAACACUAGUGUUUUAUUUAUUUUAUUAUUGAAUGAGCAGUCUUUUGUAUUUAUGAUUCUUUUAUUAUGGCUCAAAUUAUUUGACCCUAUUACUUUGACUAAAUAUAAUGAGAAAUAUUAUUUUUUAUAUGUUGUGUCCCAUUUGUUUUUGUUUGUUUAUUUUUGAAUUUCUUUUCUAUUUUUUUCACAUAGUUUCUAACAGACAUUUUUCUUUAAAAGUCUUAUCUUCUGCAUCUACAUAGAUAAAAAUUUAAUGCGAUAAAGAAGUGCUGGCUUUUGCUUUCUUGUUUUUGGGGAGUGAGUCAUAAAUGGAAGAAUGUAUGUUGUGUUUUUUUGUGUUAGGGGAGGGUGUAAAUUCCCAAGAUUAAUGUACUUUUUCAAAUGGUGAAUUAUAACUUUAUGGCCAUCAUCAACACCAUUGUUUUGAAAAAUUUACUACAUCAGAAAUAAGCUUAUCACAUCUACAAAAUUUCUCACCACAGGAGGAAUGCUCUGUAGAUAGUUUGUUAUUUUUGCACUAUGUAUUCUUUUCUACUGUAAUUUUAGAUUUUGGAUUUGGGGUAAUUGUAUAUAUAUUUCUAGAAUUGUCUCCAUUUUUUGCUUUCAUGUAAUUAUUCUUUCUACAACUGUAAAUGAUUUACUAUCUUAUAAUUAACUAUUUCACGUCUUGUUCUUGUUUCUUAGGACAGUCUGCGUUAGCCUAGUUGUGCUUGGAGUUGAUCCCUUUAAACAAAUGUCAUGUUAUUCGUAUGUGUAAAAACAACUUCUGUAGAGAAUAACAAAAAGUUUCUUUUUUGAUUUGUAUUGUGUCUAAUUGUGUUUAGCAUUAAUUGUUUAAAUGUAAUUAAGGCAAUAAUAAUCCAUUAGUAUUUUUUGAAUGAAUUUUUAAAGUUUUAUUUCCAAAACUCAUGUUUCUUUUGUUCUUGUAGUUAUUCACUUCGUCGCACACACUUUAUUGUGCACGUUAGAAAGUAGCAGUGUUUUCUUUUCUAUGUAAAAAAGGUUUUUUCCCUUUAGACUUGUUUGUUUUCAUUUUUGUAAUUAAUGUUAUUGUAUUUCAUUUUUUGUAAUUAAAACUGUAAACAACAGUAAACCAUGCUGAAUUAUUGAA